GACAGACAGAAAUAAGGACAGGGAAGAGGGAGGAGAGCAAGAUAAAGUGAAAGAUACAGGGUGAAAGAGAGAGAGAGGGUUGAUAGAGGAAGAGAGAGACAGAAAUAAAGAGAGAGAGGAAGGAGAGAAAGAAAGAUAGAGAGAGGACGAUCAAGGAAGUGAGAGAGACUCUAUGAAAGGGGAGUGUAGGCUCUUCAAACACUGGAUUACUCAAGUCAAGUCAUUCAAAGAGGACGUAAAAAGAAUUAGGAGUGUAUUAAUGCGGGAAGGUUCAUUAAAAAGGACCUGAAGCGAUAGCAGAAGAAUAAGCCAUGGUGAGGAUCCAAAAGGGCGACGUGAAGUGGCCGACACUGCUGUGACGGGGAAACAGGCACCGAUUCCCCACUUACUGUACAUCUCUGCGGGCUCCAAACCAAGUGGCCGGGUUUUCGAGAAUGGGUUGUGCAUGCAGUGGUCAGAAAAAACAGAAAGAGCCCAACGGACCAAAGGGAACAGCAAACAACAGAUCCCAUGAAAGUGGUGGAAACAAGCACAGUGCAGAUGCAGAUGUUGAUGUAGUUAUUGCUCAAUAUGACUUUAAACCAACAAAUGACACUGACCUGGCAUUUAAGAAGGGUGACCGACUCAAGGUUAUUCAAGACAAAGGUGACUGGUGGGUGGCCAAGUCUCUGGUCACUGGGGAAGAGGGCUAUAUCCCAAGCACAUAUGUGGCCAGAGCACAGACUUUGGAGGUGGAGAGGUGGUUUUUUAAAGACUUGGGUCGCAGAGACACAGAACGUCUUCUUCUAGCGCCGGGGAAUAAAGUCGGCUCCUUUUUAGUCCGUGAGAGCGAGACGACUAAAGGAGCCUUCUCUCUCUCCGUCCGAGAUUCUUCGCAAGAACAUGGAGACGUUGUGAAGCACUACAAGAUCCGCAGCCUGGACAGUGGAGGCUUCUACAUCUCCCCCUCUUUGACCUUUCCUUCCCUGCCAGAACUCAUCAAGCAUUAUUCCAGAAGUGCUGAUGGGCUCUGUCAGCGCCUGGGCAACCCCUGCCAGGCGUCGGCUCCUCAGCAGCCCUGGGGGAAGGACGAGUGGGAGAUCCCACGAGAGACGCUCAAGUUGGUGAAGAAGUUGGGAGCCGGCCAGUUCGGAGAAGUCUGGAUGGGCUUCUACAAGAACAACCUGAAGGUGGCCAUCAAGACGCUGAAGGAGGGCAGCAUGGAGCCCGAGGCGUUCCUGAUGGAGGCCAACCUGAUGAAGCAGCUGCAGCACGAACGGCUGGUGCGCCUCCACGCCGUGGUCACGCAGGAGCCCAUCCUCAUCGUCACCGAGUUCAUGUGCAAUGGAAGCCUGUUGGACUUCCUAAAAACAGAGGAUGGGAAACAACUGAAACUGCCCAAACUGAUUGACAUGUCAGCUCAGAUUGCAGAGGGGAUGGCCUACAUAGAGAGAAAAAAUUACAUUCACAGAGACCUGCGGGCUGCCAACAUUCUGGUGUCUGAGACGUUACUUUGCAAGAUUGCUGACUUUGGCUUAGCGAGAAUCAUCGAAACAGAGUACACAGCCAAAGAAGGAGCAAAGUUUCCCAUUAAAUGGACUGCCCCUGAAGCGAUAAACUUUGGAACAUUCAGCAUCAAGUCAGAUGUCUGGUCCUUUGGUAUUCUUCUGACUGAGAUAGUCACGUAUGGGAGGAUCCCCUACCCAGGCAUGACGAAUCCGGAAGUGAUCCGCAACCUGGAUAAGAGCUACCGGAUGCCGUGCCCAGAGGGCUGCCCGGAGGAGCUGUACGAGGUGAUGCAGAAAUGCUGGACGGAGAGGCCCGAAGACCGGCCCACGUUCGAGCACCUGCAGGACCUGCUCAGCGACUUCUUCAUUGCCACCGAGGGACAGUACGAGAUGCAACCCUAAACCUGGAGGACGUCAGAGGAGAGAGAGAGCUGACAGAGAGACAGAGAAGAAGACAAAGCAGAGGCCUUGACGGAGAUAAUGGAGAGAGCUUCCAGACACAACAUCAAGACUUGAAAUAGACAAAGAAGAGACUGGACAGACACACGAGUGGGACCUAAAGACAAAUGAAAGAUCCGAGCGAGGCAAAGCGAAGACCUGGUGGAGACUAAGGCAGGACCUGACGCUUCUGAUCCUACAGAGAAACACCACAGAGUCUCAGCGAGAUUCUGCAGGAAGAGAAUCUGAAAUAGUGAAAUAGUGUUCAACUUUGGCACCUAUCAUGUUUAGGCUUGAGGCUUUGAUGAGAUGGAGUCUGUGAACGGAGAAACUGCUGUGAGACUUUUUCGAGAAGCUGGAUAGUCUUCGUUGGGACAGACUAUGCAGACUGAAUCUCUGUACUGGAUUUACUCUGUUUAAAGAUGCUUGAUACUGUAAAAAUUCCACACAGAAUAGAGUCUGUUGGGGGAUUCUAUGGAGAGGACUUACUAGACUUUGAGAGAUGACUGUACGAGAAAGGAUGGACUGUUGGCUGCAUCUUUCACCACACUCAUAGCCUUACCACAAAAGAUGCUCUACUGUAUGCUUGUGACAUCUGGAUAUUUUACAACAGGGCAAAUGACAAUUCUAUUUAAAGCCAAGGGCAACAGAAUCUGCUGAAGUGCAUUCAGGUGACGUAAAUGACUAGAGACUGUUGCUCAUGUCCAUCAUCUUAUAAAGCCCGCCCAGGCGAUUUCAUUGGUGCACACAACUCUGGUGCCGGCAUAGAGAUACUGCGUUGACCAAGAUGCACUGUUUGCACAAAGACUCUCAAAACAGACACCAAUGUUCAGACAGGAUACAGAUGACACAAUGUGCCUGGUAUGGGGUAAUAUUUCUGCAAUAGUAUACAGACGUGUUAUUAUUGUAAAUAUAAAUCAUGCAUAUUUAAGUAUUUGUUUGUGUAUGUGAUGUAUCAUGGAUGUGCACAAUAAAUCGUUAUUUCAUAUUAA